AUGAGCGCCAUCUCCAUCCACCGGGAGCACACUCCUUUUGGGGAGCGAGGACCUGGGCUGCUUUUGAUCCUACGAUUCUCUGCCCGCCCCCCACCGUGCCCUGCCCCGGCUGGUCCCGGCCUGGCUGGUGCCCUGCCCCAGCUGGUCACUGCCCCGGCUGGUACCCUGUCCCGGCUGGUGCGCUACCCCGGCUGGUACCCUAUCCCGCCUGGUGCCCUGCCCCUGCUCGUGCCCUGCCCCAGUUGGCACUCUGCCCCGGCUGGUCCCGGUCCGGCUGGCGCCCUGCCCGGGCUGGUCCCGGCCCGGCUGGUACCCUGCCCCGGCUGGUCCCGGUCCGGCUGGUGCCCUGCCCCGGCCGAUGCCCUGCCCCGGCUUUUGCCCGGCCCUGCUGGUGCCCUGCCCGGCCGGUUCUCGGGCCGGGUCUUAGCUCUGGCUCCGCUCGCUGACCCGGACCCCCCUCGGCUGCCAAGAAGGUCGGCGAGCUCGCAGCCCCCUCUCACUGAAGGGUGCAACUGCACGCGGGGUCUGAAGGGGACCUUAAGUAGGGGUCUGUGCCUUGGGCGAGCACUGGGGCCCUACCUGCCUCCCGUGCAGUUGCCGAACAGAGAGCCCUGCCCCCACCCCGAUCUACAGGCCUCAGGCUCCCUCCCCUGCUUGGUAGGGGAGAGUGUGCCUCAUCCACAGAGGCAGAAACUUCAGACGGAUUGUGUGAAGGAAGAGGGGGCCGUCGGUCUCGGCGACAGCUUCUGCUGGAGUGGGGCUUCCCAGACAGACACCUCUCAAGGAGGCCAAAUGCCCCUGAUCGGAACCUGUGGUAGGAUGGGAAAUUGGGUCGUCUGAGCCUCGAGUCAUCACUGAGCGAGAGAACAUGGGUCCUGCCCUGCGAGGCCCCACAAGGCGUGGGUGCAAGGCCUGACUCUGGGAAGGACCGGCGUUUGACUUGGCUGGUCUUGCCACCACCUCCUUAGCUGUCAAAGAUGCCUGAUAACUACUGGGUUUAUCUAUGGCUACCACACUCCACUGGCCUUGUGCCUCUUUAAGCAGGGGCUUUGCCAGCCAAACAGCAGAAGACAUCUGUCAGCAUCCAGAGCUUCAUCCUGAACUGUUACCUUUGGGGGCACCAAGUGGCCAAGGACCAUUUGCUCAAGAUGUGUGAAAGGGGAAACCAUGGUGUGGGAGGUGGACAGGGGAGGCUGCGCCCGAGAGGGCGGGUUUCCGGCUCAGGGACUCUGCUUGGCCCUGGAGACUGCGUGUCCAUUGGGAAAACACUGGAAAAAUUGUAGCUGAAUUACCACACUCUGUCAGCAGUAAACUGAAAAAACAGAACAAUGACAUAAAUUUCAAAGGAAUGAAAAUAGGCACUUUAUAUUUCGGAGUGGCUCAAAACAAUUUCUUUUGGUGGCUCGGUAAUGGGUCAUAUUUAUUUAUUUAUGUAUUUAUUGCACCAAUGGGGUGUUAAUGAAAAGGUUUCUUUUCUCUCUCAGAAAGCCGUUUGCAUGAAACCAGCAGUGGUAGCAAAAAUGGAACGCAUCUCCCAAGUCUGGCUUUGAUUCUAAGGCCUGGUCCCGACCCGAUCUCAGAAUCUUCUGACUGGACUCACAAGUCACACCCAAUUCAGCAUCUGACCUGAUUAGUCUCCGGCUUGACAGCAGUUAAAAAAAUCAAUUUGAACACAUCAUUUUUAACUUUCAGAGCAGUUCAACCCUCCUGUAAGAAUUUCCUAGUUUACUUGCCCAAGUGCCUGGUUCAAUUCUCUGCCCACAGUAAGUGCUCAAUAAAUACCAUUGAUUUGACUGAUGGAUUCCCACUUGGUGGAAGUUAAAGCAAAAAUCAAUCAAACAUUUUAUAAUUGUAGAAAUCCUCACUGUACUUAAACAUAAUACCUAAUGAAUUAAAAUAAUGCAAAUAAAAUAUUUUUAGAGAAAAAA